AUGUUAAUUAGAAUAACCCCAAUAAAUGAGAGAUAUACCGGAGGGAAAGAUAUUUAUGUUGAAUUGCCUGAUGGGUAUGAUGUUCAACAUAUUGACUGGAUUUCUGUUUAUUGUUUACAUUUUGAAGUAGAUUAUGGACAUGUAUUUAUUAGAAAUAUAUCUCCUAUGAUACCCCCACAUGUUCAAAUACCUAUAAGGGUGAGUUGAAGAUCUAGAAGUUUUGUUUUGAAUUUUUCGCUUCAUUUUUGAAUUCUGCUUCACUUUUUAUUAUUUUUAUUUCAUUUCCUCUUUCAUUUUUUAAAUCCUGCUUCAUCCUUUGUACUCUGCUUCAGUUUCCGAACUCUCCUACACUUCCGGAUAUUUUUGCUUAAUUUUUGGAACUUGCUUCGCUUUUUAAAAUUUUGCUUCAUUUUCUAAUCUUUCUGCUUCACAUUUUCAAUUCUGCUUCAUUUUCUGAAUUCUGUUUCAUUUUCUGACUCAUGCAUGCUUCACUUUUUAAAUUUCUGCUACACUUUUCUGAAAUCUGCUUCAUUCAUUGAAUUUUACUUCACUUUCUCAAUUCUGCUUCAUUUUUUUAAUCUUUCUGCUUUACUUUUAAUAUUCCCCAUAAUUUUAUCAAGGCUGACGACAUUUUUA